GCAUGCGUAUCAUUCACGUUCUCCAGUGUGUGUUUGCUCCAAUGAAGGUUGAUCUGUCAAAUAACCAUAACUAAGUGUUUUCAGCAGUUACUGAUGUCGCUAUAAUAACAGCUAUAUAUAUAUUUGGCUUGGCCUGCUUUGGGGAUUCCAGAAAAGGGUGACGAUGGCUGGUCUUUCUAACUAUGCUCUCCGCAUGGCCCGUCUGAGUGCUCGAAUCUUUGGAGACGUGUCCCGCCAGACAGACGCCAGGUCUUUGAAAGUAGUGGAGUUAUUUAAAGAGCCCCCAUUGGCCCAGAGAAAAGAAGUGUAUGACUGGUAUCCUCCACACAAGAUUUACUACUCGAUGACCCAGAGACUCCGAUACAUGGGGCUUUUCAGGGAUGAACACCAGGAUUUCAAGGAGGAAAUGAGACGCUUGAGGAAACUGCGGGGUAAAGGGAGACCCAACAAGGGAGAAGGAAAGAGAGCCACAAAGAAGAAGUAGAUUUCAGCUAUUUAUGAACGGACACUUAAGAGAAUCAGAUGAAGAAGAUAAAAAAAACCUGUAUGGACAUUGUUUGUGACUAGCAGAGAUUAUAGUAAAACAAAACAAACAAACAAAACAAAUACUCUUUUCUCAUGAAAAUUAAAUGUACUUUUAAAAACAAAAAAAACAGUUUGCAUCUUCUUCAAGCAAAUGUCAUAGCAUUUUCUUAUUAAUAUUUUUUGUUUUUUUACAAUCUGAAAACACAGACUAUUAGGUUAUUUUGAACACUAUACUAUAGGAAAAUGAGUCAAAAUUGGACUUGAAUCCAUUAGUCACAAGAGUCCAGGUGUUUUUGGUUUGGAUACAGAUGGUGGAACAUAAUAAAAAAAAAACUGGAGCAAAGUAUUUAAACUAAUCUCUUAAAUCAUUUUGCUAUAGACUCAUGAUGGAAAUAUGUGGAUCAGGAUCAUGUUAGAAAUGGUGCAUUUAUGUCAUUGUGUAAAUCUGUCGAUACCUGGUCAUUUUUCACUAUGAUUUUGAUAUCGGGAAUAAAAAAGAUCUUUAAAAGUUGUUCCGUCAAAAUCACAAGGUUUAGUCCAAAACCAUAAUGACAUUUGGUCCAUUCUGCAGAACUGUCAAACUUGUUAAGUGGUAUUGUGUUUCAGCAUGUAGAUAGGGCUUUCCACAGCUCAAUGAUGCCUUACAAGCAGGACACAUAUCUAUACAGACAAUAUAUAAACACAAAACAUGGUUAAAUCUCUCUGUAAGACUGUUGUAUUCAUUACCAGUUUAUCUUUUUUACUGAGUAGUAUUUAAAAUUAACUCACUCCUGUGAUUUUGCCAGUCCAUUUUUUUUAAUGGGACAGGUAACUGAACCCUUACAGUCUAAAAUGAUAAGAAGAAAAAAAUCUGCAAAAUGUUCUCAAUAUUUAUUUGUUAUUGUAGUUUCGUCUCGUAUUUAAGACAUCAGACUCUUAUAAUCCAUAUGGCAUAAUAUUGUGAUUUAUGUUGUUACAAAUGUAUAAUUAGAUGCAAAAACAAACCAAAAAUAUGAUUUCUAUGAGUACGGAUCAUGCUUUCAUGUAUAAAGUAGGAAGAGAAAUUCAGAUGGCUUGUAAUAUAAGUAAAUUUAAUUUUAUAUCAGCAUUUCAUAUAAAUAUCUUUGUCUUCCAAUAAGGUUUAUAGCCGAAGCUUUGCGGUUUUAAUUGGAGGAGUCAAAACAGAAUCACAAUGCAAUGCGGUAAAACAAUGAUUGUGAGAUACAAUUAAGUAUUUCUCAAUGAAUCUACAUGAUUUCAUGUAUCAUAACUAAUGAAAACACUAAUGCAAAUCAAGUAAACAAUUUUUUUAUUUUUUUAGUAAAGACCAGUAAUUGUUAUGUUUUGAAAUAUUACUAACCAUGUAAAAGUAAAUCUUACAUUUCCAUCGUAGAAAUUUUAAAGUAUACAAGAAUUUUAAUUAAAAAAAGACCUUUCACCAAUGAGGAACAGUAAAUGUGAAGGUUCUGGAAUGUGAUUUUGUACCUCGCUGUGGUGGUGGUGGUACCAUGAGCCAAACAAAAGAGUUUAUGCAUUAAAUAUAAGUGCUUCUUGCUAGUAGUUUUAGAUGCUAAAUGCAUCAAUGUUGAUUAUAAAGUAGGCUCUGUAAGACAGUUUCAGAUUUUUAGGUACACCUCCUGAUGUGAGAUGAUGUUGGAUGCUCUCUGCUUAGCCUUUAUAAUGGGUGCACAUAAAAAAUAAAGUUUGUACAGUA